AUGAUCAUGGCCUUGCCGACGCUGCUUUUCCUGCACAUGUUCAUGGGCCCCGUGCUUUGGUCUGCGGCAUUGUGCAGCGGGGGAGUGAGCUUGGCCCACGCAGCCCUGCGAGACCGCGAAGACGUGGACAAGUGUGAUGAUGGCGAUGACAGGGACGGGGAUUCGGGUUGGCCGAAGGGACGCAUUAGAGAGCUCCCAUGA